ACUUCUAAAUAGUUUGAAUCAGAAUUAAACUUGUUGCUCGACAGUGAGUGUGUCAGUCUGCAUUCUGCUGCUUUCUGUGGACUAAGCUCGAGAACAUUAUUUACAGUGAGCCUUACAUGAAAAGGAAGUUUAUUCUACAAUUUGCUACAGUUAAAAGAUGACUAAAGUGCUCGAAGCAUCAUCGAUGGAUGUCAAUACAAGAUUCAGCAACAGUUUGUUGCCAAAAUAUGAGGAGCGCUUUCUGGAUUUUCAUAAUAACUGGGCUGGAGAUGUUGACAACUUCUUGUACCCAGACAACACUCCCUAUGAGACAAGUAUGAUCAGCAUCUUGAACGACAACCUGAGAGCCUCUCCUGUCUCACCUCUUACAGCCUCCCCGGAGUCUCCUUCCGCUCACAGCCUGCCUUCUCCUUCCACAUCGACCACAAGCAUGAGUCCUACCAACGGUGCCUUCUUAUCAUCACCUUCACAGAUCUCAGCAUCUUCUCCACACAUGGGUUCUCCCUCCCUUGGCAGCCCCAGCUCUUCCAGCUACGCCAGCAGCAUCUCCCCAGCCCCAGCUGACAGCAUUUAUGAUGAACUGUUGGACUUGGACUUCAUCCUGGACAACACUGUUGCUGUUGAGACCAGCAUGUACGAUGAGAAUGGGAGUGGCUGCCAAGUGAAAAUCAAACAGGAGCCAGGAAACGUGGGCAGUGAUGGUCUUCCAGACUUCCCUUCCACGUUUUUAGAUAUCCCUGACAUUAAGUUUGAUGAUGAUAUGAGCAAUACCAUCAUGUCUCUGAACUCUAUUGUAUCCAGCAGUGGUGCAAGCACAAAGAACACUAGCCCCAACCCCAGCAUUUUCUCCUCCAACGCUUCACCAAUGAACACCUCUUCACCUAUGUCGCCUUCCCUGAUGCAACAGCAACAUCGCCAGCAGCCUCAGCAACCGUCCUCUCAACAGCAACCGAUCGGCAACACCCCUUCCAUGACGGAGUUCAAGAUGCCAAAGCACGAGUUCCCUCCCCUCCCACAAUCCUGCAACUCCUACAGAGUCCCUAGCAACCAACUCCCCCCUCCCCCUCCCCAGAACAGCCACCUUGUGUUCCCCUUGUCUGGCAACCACCUGUCCCCUCCCUCCUCCCCUGAGAACCAGGACGUCAAUGGCACAAUGCGCAGUCUCAAGAUGAGCCCCCUGCCCCCGAUGUUCCCCAUGGGACACCCGCACCAACAGAUGAUCAUGAGACCCCAGCACCUGAUGGGAAAGAUGGGACCCCACCCUCUGGGACCCCACGGCUCCCCUCACCAGCUGAUCACUCCCCCGUCUUCCCCUCAACUGGACCACCUCCUCAUGCCACAGCCUCAGAUCGACACCGCCGCCCAGCCCAAGAAGCGAGGUCGCCGCACAUGGGGCCGCAAGAGGCAGACCAGUCACUCCUGCUCCCACCCAGGCUGCAACAAAACCUAUACCAAAAGCUCACACCUGAAGGCUCACCUGAGAACCCACACAGGAGAGAAGCCCUACCACUGCACAUGGAAAGGUUGUGGCUGGAAGUUUGCCCGCUCUGAUGAACUGACCCGCCACUACAGGAAGCACACUGGUGACCGCCCCUUCCAGUGCCACCUCUGUGAGAGAGCUUUCUCCCGCAGUGACCAUCUGUCGCUCCACAUGAAGAGGCACAUCUAAGAAGGAGGACCUGAUCACUCAUGGUGCCUCAGUGCAUGAACUCUGUAUCAAGAACUGAAACCAGUUCGGCAGCAGAAGCAGGUGAAGCAGCAGUGCGAUGACCCCCCACUGCACCCACCACCCCCUUGGAGACCCACGCUGUAUAUUUUUAUUUGUCAACGUUUAACCGAGUUAUGACAUUUUUGACUGUUUGCUCAGUACUUUCCCUCUUUGUUUCAUUUCGACUCAAGAGGUUUUGUAUCUGUUGUUGAAUGAGUAACAUAACCAGGUGGAUGAAUUCUGUUCUUGGUAAAGGUUGUUGUUUUCGAUACAACAUCCUGAUUUGGUAUUGUCACCCCUGGUUGCUAAGUUACAUAACGGUUGACAGGGUCUAUUUUUGCUUCUCGGACACAUUGUCCCUGUAAGUUUGGCAAGUAACCCACUGGACAAGCCCACAAUUUGACAAACAUACUCAUAUUUAAUCACGAUUUUUUUCCUCUCUUUUUUCUGUAAACCUGGCUGGUUCAGGUUUUCUGAAGAUUUUUUAAAAAGUGAUUAAUGUUCAUUAAUUUUGUUUUGCUACAGCAUUGGUCAAGCAGCUGGUCUGCUGACUGUGAUGAUGUUGUCACUAAUGAUCACUUUUAUUGUCUUUGAUUAUUUUUUCUGUGACGUUUGUCCUAGUGGUGCCAAACUUGAAAUGGUAGAAGCUUUCCCCACGCCUGGGUCUCCUACACAACGCUUGUGCUGGCCAGGCCAAGCCGAGAUAGGAGCCCUAGUGAGGUGAAAAGAAGCUCCAUUUUAAAAUUAUUUUAUUUUGCUUUUUUCUUCUUAUACUGUAUUAUAUUUUUUUAGUCAUGACAAUUAUUACUACUGUGUACUGCAUAUUCUUACGUUUCAUCAUAGUUUAUGACAAUUUAGAAUAUCUUACGUUUUCACUUUUUCUUGUGUAGCUAAACUUUGACUUUGUCACUCUGUGUAGACUCUUCAUAUGUUGUUCUUUUUACUUGUUUGAGUUGUACAUUGUUUCUCAUCAGUUCAGUGCUGAGCCUAAAAACUUCGGGUUCCUGGUGUUAGUUUAGGUAGUGGACAUUCAAUUAUUAACUCUUAAGUUACCAGUUAUUGUAGCUAGAAAAUAACCAUACCGUAAUAAUCAAACAAAACUACACUAUAAAGGUUAGUCUGUAAAUAAGUUGUAAGACUAUGUAAUGAUCUAAUUCCUUAAUUAGUUGGUUAAAUGAACCUGUAAGUAGAAUGUAAAGUAACAAUGUGGGGCAGGACCUUCAAUAGUUAACACAUUUACAUCAUUUAUUCACAAUAAGCCCACGAGGCUUACCAACAAGUAAACUCAAUUUUUUGUUUAUGUAUUGGUCAUCAGUUCUACUCCAUUGAACUGCUUGUUUCAUUUGCAGCCUAAGUUUUAAUUUUGGUUUUGCUUGCUACACAUUUACAGUUCCAUAAUGGAUGAUGACCAAUCAUUUACUAAACGUACUGCACAUUUGCAGAAAUCUCAAACACAAUAUUCAUGGGAGAUCAUGGUGUCUAUUCACCGAAACAUGUAAUCAUAUUAGACAAAUAUCUAAUCACAUUUUAGCUAAUAAAUUAAGAUACUCUCAGCAAAUAAAAAACGAAUUAACCAGCAGGACUGGUUCUGAAUGGUUGGGUAUGGUAAAUAAGGUGAGAGAGGGAAUCCAGUAUUUUAAUUAUGCACUCGUUGCACAUUGUAUUAAUUUAAAAGAGGGUGCAUGGAAAAUGCAUUUAUGAUUUUUUUUUAAAUAUAAAAAUCCGAAUUUGCACCCCUUACGUUAUAAUGCACUCUGUACUCUAUAACAUAAUUAGUUGCUUUUUUUUUCUUUUGCCCAAGGCCGAUUCAUGAAAAAGCAAAACUUUGCUGGAUAGCCUUUUCUUUAAAAAAAAAAUUAAAGAGUGAUGUUUCAAAUCACAAGCAAAUUGAAGAAAAAAUCAUAACUAAUUUAUGUAAGUUGUUUUCAUCCUUUUGCAUUUAUUUUCCCCUCCCCUAAAAGCUUGAGGCAAAAUUUGCUACAAGAGAGAUUUCCAUUGUUCAGUAAUCAAAGUAAGGCUCUAACAAAAUAUUGUUCCGAGUCCAGCAAAGUAAGACUGCCUGACGCCACGUUUGCUGUGUUCUUUCCUCGAUGAUAUUUAUGUGCCAACGACACAUUGUUCUCUUUUUUUCCUUCUGAAAGUCACUGUUACUUGGGACUGAAGUAAUUGAAUACUUCAUCUCAUCUCUGCCUUAUUGAACGGGAGUUCUAUCAAAAUAGUCAAUGUUGAAGUUCAUAUAUAUAUACAUAAAGCAAAUGACUGAUUUAUGUAUACAACAUGUUUCAUUUGUGAUUGUUAUAUUGUUGGCCUUAUUCUAUUGUGCAGUGAUAGUCUUGUCCUUCAUUGAAAUGCUACUGUUCUUAUUGACUGCCUCGUUCUACUGUCAUGUUUUUACGUACGUGAUUUCAUCUUUACUAGUUUACAAUGGUACUGGUUACCGCUUAUUAUAUAGUAGCAAUACUCAGAGAAAGAGAUCUUGAAGUUAGGGUCAGAGCCAUUAGGGCCACAUUAUUCUGUUCUUCAAAUAGAUUUAGUCUGAGCUGGACCCUAAUAGGAUUCGCCCAAAUAUAAAGUCCCCACUGCACUAUGAUCCCAGGGUUUCUGUACAAAGUUGUCUUCCAGCGUUUCUGUAAAAGAGAUCAUGAUGCUAAUCCUUUGUGUGGACUUUAGGGGUAACUAGGUCUUGCAAUUUUUUUCUAAUUCAGCAAAUUCUAUCACUCAAGACUUUUUGAUUAUAUCAACAAAUAACAAAUUUGGUUUAGCCAGAACAGUGAAGUGCAAUGACCAUUAAUUUACUUUCUGGGAAAGUAUUUACCUUUCAAAUUGUUCAUGAUCGUGUUCAGGGUGAAGUGAACAUCUUUGUUCCUACUUCAUGAAAAUUUCAAAAGUUAAGUCUGUUUGAUCUUUAGAAAAAUAUAAAUUUAAAUUGUUCCAGGUCCUCUGAUUUUGUGUUACAUGAAUUUGUUGGAUAAACAUUCAAAAGGUGCUCCAAUAAAAGUGUGGUCUGAUCACAAGUAAAACUGUUUCACAUACAUUGUUGUUUUUAUCAUCGUUAUGAAUCGUUGUUGAUUUAUAUUUUUGUAAUCUCUGAUAAAAAUUGACUUUUUAAAUGACUAGUCAAAGCCUUGUUCUUGUGCCAUAGUGUCUUCAGAACGCAUGAAUCACCUAAUUUAUGCUUACAGCCACAGCGCAGGCGCUCCGUCAUUUCUGCUUUUUCAUGAUCGUACGGCACAAUAAAAACUUAUUUAUUAAAACCUGAA